UAUAAACAGCCUGCUUCAUUCCCUAAGCAUCGCUUAGUUACAUCCAUGGAGUCAAGGAGGCACUGUUUAAAGUUUCUCUAUGCAUUCCUACGCAUUUCAGCCACCAUUCUCUUCACUCACCGUGAUGCCAGAUUUAUGGUUCAUGCAUGGAAGCACCAUGGCUCAAGCCUCCAUCAAAAGCUAAGAACAACCGAUCGUGCUGCCUCGAAUGGUGAUCCGUAUACCCUCGACUCACCUAUUUUUCUACCUCCUUUGGACUCUUUAUCGCCACUCUCCUCCAUUUACCCCAAAAUCACCUUCCAAACCUCCUCCGCCUCCAACAAGUUAUGGCCUACCGACACCUCCACCGCCGAGUAACAUCAUCCACAGCCCGCCGCUAAAUCCACCUGAAACAGCUCCUCCGAAACAUGGGUUCAAAUCACCUAGCAUUUUCCCAAGUCCACCCAAACAAGUUCCUACGCCCCCUAAGCAGGUUCCUGGCCGACCCAUUUCCGAACCUCGUCCUCCUCCACACAAAGGGUCACGGUCCGGUGCUUGGUGUGUGGCUAAGCAGACAGUGCCUGAUUCGUUGAUCCAAGCGGCCAAAGAUUAUGCAUGUGGGUCUGGUGCAGAUUGCAAGUCGAUUCAACCCAACCAGGCCUGCUUCCAGCCCAACACAAUGAUGCCUCAUGCAUCAUACGCUUUCAACAGUUACUGGCAAAACACAA